CCUUCCUCCGCGCUCAACCUUCCUGCUAGUUCAAGAUAAGCCUAUCUUUACUCCUGCCUUUACUGGGCUGUACCUUACCCCUCCGCCUGGCAUCUUUACAUCUCCGUCAAACCCCUUCAAUUUGAAGACCGUCUAACCACUUCUCUAUUCUAUUUAAGUCGUACGCAAGCUUUCCCAAAGGCAUCACACGGCUUCUCCAACACUACAUGUCGUGGAUUCGUUCCCCAAAGGCAUCGCACCAGCUUCACCAAACAGGGCGUUGCUGCUAGGAACUGUACCCUGCCAUCACGGAAUCUCCCAAUUCUUCAGUCCUCUCGUGUUCUAUCAACGAGUUCAAGUGGGAAAGAGGUACGGCACAAAUUAUUAUCACACAAAAAAACCACAAAAGGACCGACAAAUAGACGCAUAUAUCAACAGUGAGAUGGGGAUGCAAGCCCAGUCGGCAUCCAUUGAUUUCCUGAGCAUUCAGACUCAAUUGGAUGAUGAGGAGCCACUGCUACUCACCAGCGAUGUCAAGACCGGUCUUGUGAUCAUUGACGUCGUCAACGGAUUUUGCACGGUCGGAGCCGGUAAUCUGGCUCCACAAAAACAUGAUGAACAAAUAGCUGGAAUGGUGGAUGAAUCAGUGAAGCUUGCUAAAGUGUUCUGUGAAAAGAAAUGGCCGAUUUAUGCUUUCCUCGACAGUCAUCAUCCCAACAUCCCUGAGCACCCAUAUCCUCCUCACUGCAUAAUUGGAACUGAUGAAGUGGAAUUGGUUUCUGCUCUCAAGUGGCUGGAGAAUGAACCUAAUGUGACAAUUAGGCGUAAGGAUUGUAUUGAUGGAUUCGUCGGUUCUCUUGAAACUGAUGGCUCCAAUAUAUUUGUAAAUUGGGUGAAAAGCAAUGAGAUCAAAGCUAUAUUAGUUGUGGGAAUAUGCACAGACAUAUGUGUUCUAGAUUUUGUCUCUUCAGCGUUAUCUGCAAGAAAUCACAGGGUUCUCUCCCCGUUGAAAGAUGUGAUAGUGUAUUCACGUGGCUGUGCUACUUACGAUCUUCCAGUUCAUGUUGCUAAAAACAUCAAAGGGGCCUUGGCUCAUCCCCAGGAGUUGAUGCAUCACAUAGGGCUAUACAUGGCAAAGGGAAGGGGAGCAAAGAUAGUUUCACAAGUCUCACUUGGGACUCCACAUUAAACCUGAUCAUCAGUUUUUCAGGAAUUCAGUUUCGUAUAAUAGAAGAGGGAUACUUCUCCUUCUGCACAAAUGUUUUAACACUUGUUUUGUUGUCCCUAUCAAUUUAGAAUAAGAUGUAUACACACAUACUCCAUUACGUUUCCUUAAUAUUUGGAGAAUUGGUAGUUUGGUACUCAUCAAAGUUACUGUCUAACAAUAUGAUAUCUCAAAGUUACUAUCUUAAUGUUGGUUAAGAUACUCUUCAUAUUAUUUGAACAUCCAAGCAUAACGAGAAUUGAAGAGUGGUUCUCUUAUUGGUC